AAGUUUUUUCGUUGAAGCGUGUUUGUUUUGUCCACCGACCGCGUGCGCGAGUUUGUUUUCACGUAUUUUACGGGUUUUUUCGGGGUCUGUACGGUUUGUACUGAAGACGGACACGUCUCAAUUUGUUUAAAUUACUGGUAAAUCCGUUAACCAAUAAUGCGAAAUAAAGAUAAAAUUCGUUUCGAUGACGUUGGUGACCAUUAUGAGCCAUCGGAAUCGGAAGCCGAAUAUGACGAUGACGAAAAACAGUUGCUGAAGAAAAUCCGGGACCGCAAGAAGAAAGGAGCCUUUGGGGACGACGACCAGGAAGAGGAGGUUUUGGGGUUUGACGACGAUGAUGAUGAUGAUGGGGACUUCGACGAUGAUGAGAGUGACUUCGAUGAUGAUAUCCGGAAAUUCGAGCACGACAGUGAUAUCGAAGGAGCCGAAGAUGGGGACGACGAUCUUCCGGACCGGAAAGCGUGGGGUCAGAAGGCUAGCAAUUUCUACGACACCGGAUAUGUGGAUCGGGAUUAUGACAGUUUGACCGCCCAAGAGGAAGAGCUGGCUCGGCUGGAAGAAAUCGAAGCUAUAGAAACGCAACAACGCUUGGCGAAAGAAUUGAACGAGGCGGAUUUCUCACUGGACGUUUUCAUAACGAACAAAGAACAGAGCGAAAAACCCGAAAAGGCGGAAGCCAAGAAGGUAAAAAAGAACGAAAAGAAAGAGAAAACCGAAAUUCAACUGAAGGUAGAUGUUUCCGAUUUGAGCAAACGUCAGAAGCGGGAUCUUUUCCGAAAGGAAGCGCCCGAGUUUGAUGGUCUUGUGGAAGAUUUUGAGCGAAACCUUCAGGAAUGCCACGAAUGUUUAGAACCAGUGCUUAAAUAUCUUACCGAACGAAACAAAUCAGAGCACCCAAUGGUCAAGUUGUUGCGCACUCGUUACGAUCUGGCCAUAAGCUAUUGUAACAAUAUAGCUUUUUAUUUGCUGUUGAAAGCGAAAAAAAUUAAAGUCAAGAAUCAUCCAGUAGUAAAGAGAAUGGUUCAGAUGAAACAGCUUUUGCAGGAGCUGGACCAAAAAUGUGAAGGUACCGUUAAAGAACAGGUUGAGACCAUUUUAGCUCAUAUUCAGUGUGGAGAGGAAAUCAUCUUCGAAGACGUGGACGAUGUUCAAGAAAAGCCAAAUGAAAAAACGAAAAGGCUGGCUAUUCUGGACAAGCUCGAGCAGCUUAAUGAUGAACAGAGUAAUGAAAAAUUGGGCUCAGGCGAUUCUGACGAAGAAGACGAGUUGGAUGAAGAGCAGCCAUCGCGUAAAAAAGUUCGCAUGGAAAGCGAUUCAGAUGAGGACGACCAUGAACCGAUUCCGGAAGAAGACGAUGCAGCUGGGGUGGAAAUCACAGCUGAUGAAAAGCGAAAAAUUACCUAUCAAAUCUCCAAGAACAAAGGACUUACGGCGCACAAACGGAAAGAUCAGCGAAACAUUCGGGUCAAGAACCGUCGCAAGUUCCAGAAAGCGAUGGUACGCCGAAAAGGUGCAGUGCGGCCGGUGCGAACGGAAACUACGCGAUACGCUGGAGAAGCAAGCGGUAUCAAGGCAUUCGUUCGAAGGAGCGUCAAAAUCAAAUAAACGGCGCUGUGAUAAACGAGUUUUCUUUAUUGUUACUUUUCAUGUAAGUAUAGUUUUUCUCUUUGUGAAUUUUAACAAAACACAAAUAUAAGCUUAUAUUUAGUAA